UAAAUGCGUUGCGGCCCCCAACGCCAGACAAAUCUCUCUCUCUCUCCUCUCUCUCUCUCUCUCUCUCUCAUCACAUGGACGAUAAGCCCACAAGAAUUUAUAUUUUUAUAUAAUUAUUAUUAUUGUUUAUUAGUUGUACAUUUUAAAGCCAGACACUUGAAGUCAUCUUUUUAUCGUAACCGUUCAAGAAUUUCGGCUGCCGGAAACUGAACAGAAAAAUAAUUAUGGUGGAAAACGGACACCACCACCACAACCACCACCCACCAGCUGUCGUGGCUGCGCCGCCCAUGAUACACGCGCCGCUGGGUGCGGCUAGAGGACCUGCUUAUCCACCUGCUGAACAGCUUACCUCACUUAAUUAUUGCAUCCAUUCUAAUCCUUCAUGGCCCCAAACUGUUUUGCUUGGAUUCCAACACUAUAUUGUGAUGCUGGGAAGUGUUGUUAUGAUCGCUACUAGGCUUGUUCCUCGAAUGGGCGGUAAUCAUGAAGAUAAGGCUCGGGUAAUUCAAACCGUGUUAUUUAUGUCGGGUUUGAACACCCUUUUGCAAACUUUGAUCGGUAACAGGCUUCCUACAGUCAUGGGACCGUCUUUUGCUUAUAUCUUAUCCGUGCUAGCAAUUAUAAAUGAUUUUGCAGAUGAAGAUUUCUCAUCUGAGCAUCAGAGAUUUGAACACACUAUAAGGGCUAUUCAAGGAGCCUUGAUAAUAUCUUCAUUCGUCAAUAUUAUUAUCGGAUUUAGUAGGGCAUGGGGAGACUUCACUAAGUUUUUCAGUCCUGUUGUUAUCGUUGCAUACGUUUGUGUAGUCGGUCUUGGUUUAUUUGGAAGGGGGUUUCCUGAGCUUGCCAACUGUGCGGAGAUAGGCCUACCUAUGCUUGUAUUUUUGGUUGUCUUCCAACAGUAUUUGAAGCGGCUCCAUCAUCGGGCCCACUCUAUUCUCGAAAGAUUCGCAUUGCUUUUUUGUAUUGCACUCGUGUGGGCUUUUGCUGCUAUCCUCACUGUAGCCGGUGCUUAUAAUAACGUCGGUCAGCAAACAAAGCUUAGUUGCAGGACGGAUCGUUCCUAUCUCAUUGAAUCCGCUCCAUGGGUAAAAAUUUCGUACCCGUUUCAAUGGGGUACGCCUAUAUUCAGAGCAAGUCAUGUUUUCGGAAUGAUGGGGGCCGCUCUUGUUUCGACAGUAGAGUCAACAGGCACGUUUUAUGCUGCGUCGCGUUUCGCGGGUGCUACACCGCCACCAGCACAUGUCAUUAGCCGAAGCAUUGGUUUUCAGGGCAUCGGCCAGUUAUUCGACGGGAUGUUUGGUUCCAUCGUCGGGAAUACUGCAUCUGUAGAAAAUGUCGGACUUCUUGGGCUAACUCACGUAGGGAGUCGAAGAGUGGUUCAAGUAUCGGCCGCUUUCAUGUUAUUCUUCUCCAUAUUCGGUAAAUUCGGGGCGUUCUUUGCAUCAAUCCCUCUACCGAUAUUUGCAGCCAUUUAUUGCGUCCUGUACGGUCUUGUUGCUGCUGUUGGAGUUACCUUUAUUCAAUUUACAAACAAUAAUUCCAUGAGAAAUAUCUACAUUUUGGGAUCCUCUCUUUUCCUUGGAAUAUCGAUAUCACAAUAUUUUGUUAUGAAUACUGACUAUGCACGCUCGGGUGAGGGACCCGUUCGUUCUAAUGGUGGAUGGUUUAAUGAUAUAUUAAACACUAUAUUUUCUUCGCCUCCAACGGUGGCUAUGAUGGUGGGGACGUUAUUGGACAACACGUUGGAUGCUCACGAUGCACAUGACGAUAGAGGUGUGCCAUGGUGGAAGCCUUUCCAGCACCGUAAAGGAGAUGGCAGAAACGAGGAGUUUUAUAGUUUUCCUCUCAGAAUCAACGAGUACAUGCCUAGAAGAUAUCUAUGAUUUGGUAUACAUACCUGUUUAUGGAUGUAAGUAACUAAAUUUUGAAAGCAUGGUAAAAUACCUAGUGUUAGAUUGAAAGUCUAUGAAAACCGGGGUGUAAGUUUUGUAUGGUUGUAUCGAGGACGUUCAAAGAACCGUCUCAAUUGUUUUCUUUGAAAGCCAGGUAUAAGUCAAAGAACCGUUUGUUGAUGCUCAAGUCUAACGAGAGUUGUUGAACC